AUGGAUAUAUAAAUAGAUCUAGAAGAAGACUCUUUACAUAAAAAUCAGUAAUAAAUACUUCAAUAGUAGUAAAAUUUUAGUCACCACCUUGAGUUAAAGAACUUAAAUAAGUCAGAGGAAAUAUCGUGUUGGAGCGAAACAUAAAAUUCUUUAUUUAAUCGUUAACAUGAUCAUUCUUAAAUUGAAAGCUUUACGAACAAUGUGACGUUUAAAACAAAAGAGAACUAAAUUACUUUUACUGAAGACAUGUCUGAUUUAAAGCAGACGAAAAAUGAAGAAAUUAGUUUGAAUGUAGAGCCAUAUUAUUCAACUCAUAAUAAGGAUGAGGGGUAAAAGAAGAAAAGUUUGAUAUUAAAAGUUAGUAAUCUAAGAUCAAAUAGUCUUAACUCUUAAAAUUAAAUUAGAAAUAACUAGGUCGAUAAGAGUUAAAAUUGCAAUAAAGACAUUUCUCAUUCACUUCAAAAUAUAGAGUUAAUAAAGCAGAAUUUUAGGUUACCUGUGAAUAAUAACAAUAACAACAGUAAAGCCACUCUUAUGAAUUUAGGGUUGAUGCUUAAAAUUAAACUGAGAUUUUAGUAUUUCUUUAGAGCCUAUACUUUAAUAGGUAGAAAUAAAUCAAUUAAAAAUAAGAUAAAGAAAUAUAUAAAUGAUAAAAGCUGUUUUUUUGAGAACAAUGAUUAAAUCAACAGUCGAUAAAUAUGGAUAAGAGGCUUGCUUUUGAUUUUGUUCCUUUAGCAAUCGCACUGGAUAGAAGAAGGAACAGAUAUAAAGUAAGAUUGGUGGCUUGUUUACUUUUAAUCUUUAUAUUGGGCUUUGACAUUGAUGACAACAGGAUCUAAUGUUGCUACAACGACUCUAUAAAUAAUUUUUACUACCUCAACAAUGAUUUUCACUACCAUAGCUUUCGGUUAUCUAUUAAAUGUCGUUGGGUUUAUCCUUGAAACAAUUGAUAAACAAAGCGAACAAAAAAGAAGUGACAUAAAUAUUUUGAAUGAAUACAUGAGAAAAAAGAACAUAUCGAAAAGUCUCUAGUAGUAGAUAAAUUUAAAUUUAGAGUACUAUUACAAUAGAAAUAUAAAGUAAAUCCAUCAAGAUAGUCUAAGUAUUUUAGAUAAAAUACCCUCUGACUUAAAAUCUGCUUUAAAUAAAGAAUUUAAUUAUAAGAUAAUUAGCAAAAUAUCUGUGAUAAAAGAUAAUUUCAGUUAAAAAACUAUUGAUCAAUUAUGCUAAGUUGCGAAAGAAGAAUAUUAUUUACCGAAUUAAAUUAUAUGUGAUGGGUAUUAAACUUUAGAAAAUUCGUUAAUUUGCAUUGUCUCUGGAUAAGUUGAGGUUAAUAAAAUUAAUAUCAACAUCAACAAGGAAAUUUAUGGCAAUAAAAUAAUUAGUUCAUAAAUUUAAAAAGGAAAUACUUGCUGUGAAAUAGAUUUCUUUACUGGAGUAAAUUAAAACAAUUUUAUAAAAUCAACUGAAUAUACUCAAAUACUAAGGAUAUCAAGAAGUGAUUUCAUCAGCAUAGUUAGAGAAAACACAAAAGAAUUUUAAAUUUUUUGUUAGAUUAGAGAUAGAAUACAAAUUUAUGAGCAGUAUUCUUCUUUAGAUAUUAAAUGCGAAAUAUGCAGUUACAAUACUCAUUUAAUGUUAGAUUGUCCUAUGGCUCAUUUCUAAAAAAAUUUUGUAAUCACUAAAAUUGGAUUUACGAAAUCAUAGAAUUAAAUUAGAAAAAAAAGUGAUCGAAAGAAUGCUAUCAAAAGAAAAUUUUAAGUAGUAAAUUAAAAUGAUAUUUAAUAUUCUAUAUUUUAAGAAAAAGCUGAAAUAGAGGAUUAUUAAUUAAAAGUAUUAUCUAAUUAUCUGAGCCAGCAGAAUAAAGAAAACUCUAAUUCAGAAUCAGAAUAAUCUUAGGAUUCUUUAAAAUAAAAAACUAAUGAUUAUAUUUUUAUAUACUCCAUACUUGAAGAAGAUUAAAAAGAAUUAGAACCUUAAAAAAGAAAGAAAUCAAACAGCAUGACUUCUUACAACAACACAACAUCUAAGAUAUAAGAAAAAAAUAAAAGGAAAAGAUGUUCUAUCACUUCAUAACUAGAAGAAAGCUAGGCUGAAGAUUCACUUGAGAUAAUAUAAUCUGAUUCAGAUAAAUAUAUUCAAUUUAGAGAUAAAAAUAAAUAAUUUCAAUAUGUGGCAAGAAGGAGAACAGAAAUUAGUUAAGAAGAUCCCAAAUCAGAGCAAAAUUUAAAAUUAAUUGAAACAGAAAAGCCUAUCAAUUAAAGAAAUUAUAAAAAAUCAUACACCAAUUAAUUGAGCUCUCAAAGCAAUUUUUAGUAACUUGUUUAAAUAGACUCAGAGGAAUUAGCCUAGAGGAAUCAAAAAAAACAUGAAAUAACUUUAAAGCAAUAUUCUCAUGAUCUGACUUAUAAACAAAUUUCAAGCCUAUAAUCAAAUUUCAAAAAUUCUUAAAAUUAUAAAUCUUAAUAAAUAUCUUAUCAUAAAAUGAUGACUGAAAGAGAUCAGUAGUAUUAUUGGAAUUUUGAUAAAUUGUAAGAUUAUAAUAAUUACUUUAAAAAUGGAAAUUCUGGUUUGAGAAUAUAAAAGUACUAGAGAUUUCAAAUGAAAAUGCUGAAAAAGACUAAAAAAACUAAUAACAAAUAUAGCUGA